AUGUCUAAAACCCCCCAUGCAUGGCGAAUGGAACUAACAGACUGCAUUGCAUCAUACAUGAAAGCCAGAUUUCAAGAAGAGGUAUUCAGCGGACCUCAUGCCCUUCCAGAUAUAUUGAUUCUGUUUCCAGUGUUAUGUGAAGUGGAUCACAUAUCAUCAGUAAUCUCACAGGCCUAUCAUUACCCAAUCAAUGUCAGGAAAAAUUGGGGUGGAACAACCUGCAAUGGAGAAGCUGCUGAGAGAUACAUGGAAGUGACUGAGCUGUCCAUUCUGGUGACCAACUCAAACACCAUCCACAUUUGGUAUUUGCUGGACACUCUCAGCCCAAAAAGAAGGGCCAAUGUAUGGAACUGCCUUCAUCUUCUGAGGGAACCACUGUGGGAGAGCAUAAAGGCUUCCCCACAGGCAUGGCAGAUGGACAAGUCAUAUUUCCAUGAUAAUGCUGAGUUGAAAGGCGCCAUCAACCUGUCACCUGCAUGGUUUCAACAGGGUCAUGGGCACUCAUCUGUCUUGAAACCCCAAAAUGGCUUCCCAGAAGCCUCAUGGCUGCUCAAAUCCAGGACGGAAAACACUUCUACAAGGGAAUGGGUCAACCAAAUGACUGACACCAAUGCCCUGUUAUCUGCAAUCCUGCAUGUCAUCCAUCCACAAAUGUAUGCAGAUGGCAGGGAAGCAUUGAUCUGCCUUGGCAAACAGGCAGAACAGUGGGCAGAUUUGGAUAUGAGCUCCAUACUGCCAAUAUGGAGCUCCACAUAUAGCAGCAUGCAUCCAUUGUAUGACAUGCUGGUAACUGUGGGCAACUACCCACCCUUGGACUUUGUCAUUCCAAUGUUGAAUCUGCAGCUGUGCUACAACCCAGGGAUGAUCAUUGCAUUUUCAGGUUCAGCACUGGAGCAUGGGGUGGGAGCUGUAGACUGGUGA